AUGUCCUCGGGAACACCUCUCGAUUUAAGUACGGCUAUUUUGGAAACUAAACUAAAAAACCAGCUUCUAGUUCAGGGUGAAGAGAUAAUUAAGAAGCCUCUCAGACCAUUCGAGAUCUGCUUGCAUCCUGACUGCGCAGACGGCAUUCUUGGCUUCGAUGUUUUCCUCUAUGGACCGGUCCUUGUCAAAGGUAAGAAACAAAAAGAAAACAUUUUGACCGUGCAAUUUGACGAUUCAAUACCCAGGAUGGUUGCUGUUCUAUCAAAAGAUGCUCGUAAUAACCUCAGUGUUAGGAUAAACGACUAUGUAAAAGUCUAUGACAUUAAGGUUAAUGACAUUCCACCUGCAGUUGAGGUUAGUUUCUUUCCAGUUGAGGAUUCGGUGGAGAAAAUAUCAGGUGAUAUUUUCUCCUCUUACAUAGAACCUUUUUUUAAUCAAAAGAGAAUAUACAUUAGCGCUGGUAAUAUUUAUAACAUUAAAAGCGGAGCAAUGACAGCGCUACAGUUCAAAGUUGUUAAGAUUAUGGCAGAGGUGAGCGGCGGGCAACAGGAAGUGGAUCAUGCGGUUACUCUGGACAAUACAAGCAUACUUGCCGAUGGUAAGGUUAGCAGAAGUCAGAUUGAUAAGGAAUAUGGGAAAAUUGGAUAUGAUGACAUUGGUGGAUGCAGGCGUCAAAUGGCUCAAAUCAGGGAGCUUAUCGAGCUUCCUCUGAAACAACCAGCACUCUUUAAAAAGAUUGGAAUUAAACCGCCUCGUGGUAUACUUCUUCAUGGUCCACCCGGAACUGGUAAGACCCUUAUUGCAAAGGCAAUUGCUAACGAGACAGGUGCAUUUUUGUACACAAUCAAUGGACCUGAAAUUAUGUCAAAGAUGUCUGGAGAAUCAGAGUCUAAUCUCAGAAAAGCAUUUGAGGAAGCACAGAAGAAUGCGCCAGCCAUCAUCUUUAUGGAUGAGAUAGAUUCGAUUGCACCCAACAGGGACAAGACACAAGGCGAGGUAGAAAAAAGAAUUGUGUCCCAACUACUCACACUGAUGGAUGGCAUGAAAUCUUCGUCUAAUGUUAUAGUCCUUGGGGCCACAAAUCGCCCCAAUACUGUUGAUCCUGCACUUAGACGGUUUGGAAGAUUCGACAGGGAGAUUGAAAUAGGAGUGCCUGAUGAUUUAGGCAGACUGGAAAUUUUGAGCAUUCACACUAAGAACAUGAACCUUGAUGAUGAUGUUGAUCUUGAGGAAAUAGCAAAGGAGAUACACGGGUUUACUGGUUCCGAUAUUGCUUCUCUGUGCUCUGAGGCUGCUAUUCAACAAAUAAGAGAAAAGCUUCCGUUGAUAGAUCUGGAUAAGGAUUGCAUCGAUGCAAAGAUUCUAUCUUCGUUGAGAGUCAACACUGCAAACUUCAGAUAUGCCAUUUCUAAUACUGAUCCCAGCGCCCUCAGAGAGAAAGUUAUUGAGAAACCAAAUGUACAAUGGACAGAUAUUGGUGGUUUGGCUUAUGUCAAAAGAGAGCUUAAAGAAACUGUACAGUAUCCUGUCAACUAUCCUGAUAAAUACCUUAAGUUUGGACAAUAUCCAUCCAAGGGUGUAUUGCUUUAUGGCCCGCCCGGCUGCGGCAAAACUCUUCUUGCUAAGGCUGUAGCCACCGAAUGCAAUGCUAACUUUAUUUCCAUUAAAGGACCUGAAUUGCUGAGCAUGUAUGUGGGAGAAUCCGAAUCCAACAUUAGGCAACUGUUCGAUAAAGCAAGAGGAUCGGCACCGUGUGUCCUAUUCUUCGAUGAAAUUGAUUCUAUAGGUAGAUCCAGAAGCUCAGUUUCAAAUGACGGAGGCGCCACUGACAGAGUACUGAACCAGCUGCUUGCAGAAAUGGAUGGAAUGAAUCAGAAGAAAAACGUCUUUGUCAUGGGCGCUACCAACAGACCAUCCCAGCUGGAUUCUGCUUUGAUGAGACCUGGACGUCUCGACCAGUUAGUUUAUAUUCCGCUUCCUGACUUCAAGUCUAGAAUAUCAAUAUUCCGUGCAAAGCUCAAAAAAACACCGCUCGAAUCAGACGUAAAUCUCGAAGAAAUGGCAAGAUCACUAGAGGGUUUUUCUGGUGCUGAUAUUGCAGAGAUUUGUCAGAGAGCGGCCAAAUUGGCAAUUAGGGAGUCUAUUGAAUAUGAAAUCAAGAAUCCGAAUUCAAAAGAUGAUCCUGUGCCAGCGCUUUCAGCUAGGCAUUUUGCAGAAGCCAUGAGGACUGCUCGUAAGAGUGUUACACAACAAGAAAUUGAAAGCUUCGAAGCAUUUGCAAAGUCCAUGAAAGUUGAUCUGCACAGGUAUGUGGCUGAAGAGCAAGCGAUGAACAAUGCAGAUGAGGAAGGUCUGUAUGAUUAA